GGCAGCGAUUGGCCAAUACAAAAAAAUCUGACGACACAUGAUAUCGUAGCAAGUGAAACUGAACUGGAAGUGUGUUGGUACAAUGGAAAAGGUUUUGUGUAAUGUCCACGGCAGCGUGUGUAUGCUAAAGACGGGAGUAAGAGAUGGACCGAAUAAGGGCAACAGCUUUUAUAUCUGCGUUCACAAGCAGGGAUGUGAUUUCAGUCAGCAAACCAGCGUCCCCCCUUCUCACUGCCUUCAUCAUGAAGAUGCCAUGGUGGAACUUCAAGCUCUCACCUACAGUCAACAACAGCAGUGCCACAGGCUGUUCUACCGAUGUAUCACGGGUAAAAAAGCAGGCCAGAGAUGGUGUGGAAACGUGCCUUGGACUGCGCCAGAGAAAGAGAAGCGAAGCCCUUUAUCCGAUGCACAGCUGCAACCCUCCUGCCUUCCACCUGUCCGAAAUCCCUUCAAGGCUCCUGGCAAGACAGAUAAGGACUCUGAGUGGAAAAGGAUGCAGUGUGGUGGACGUGAGGAGGAAGACAGUGAGACACGUCACAAGGCUGAACAGAGAGAAAGUUAUCGCAAAGAGAAUGUGAAGAAUGUCGGUGCAGUGAGAGAUGAAGAGGAAGGAAAGUUGAACUCAUCGGAUACUUAUCGAGGUAAACAACUUCCACCGGGGAUGAGGGUAAAGAAGAGAGUUUCAAAUGAAGACAGCAGCAGUCCCAAAGCAAAUAAUGUGGAAAAAACAUCGGAUAAAAUACAAGAUAAGGCUGAAGAGAAGCACUCUGAGCAGGGAGAAGCAGAAAACAAGAUUUCUACCUCCAGCAUCAACACUGUUCUUCCUGAGAAAGUCAAUCAAACUGCACCAGAGCCUCAGAGGAACUCACCCCGGACACCAGCAGAUGGUGAAGCCUCUCUGGUGAAACAAAUGGACUCCACAGUGAAAAACAGCACCCCUAAAUCUGCACCCAGCUCUCAAAAUACCACCAAGAACCACAUACCUGAUAAACCAGCACAGUCAGAGUCAGAUCAAACCAAAAGCCUCCCAAAGGAUGAUGAUGAUGAUGAUGAUGUACUGCUAGUGUCUGUGAAACCUGCUGCUCAGAAAACUCCUCCUGUUUCCGCUGUCCAAAAAACUCUGACCACCUUUCCUGGUUUCCAGCCAGCUUCUAAGGUCAGAAGUCAGGCUGAAGAUCCCAGAGGGUUGCAACACCUGCUCACCACUCAGCUGCAACAGAAAAAGGCCACUCUGUCUGUGGUGAAUGUGGCGGCUCUGCCAGAUAAAGGAGAGAGGUUGAAGACACAGGUCAAAGAGCUGGAGGAAGCGCUGGAGUCACUGAGUCUCACUGUUGCUUCUAAGCCUGAGUCCCAGAAUGAAUCUAACAGCAGUGAUUCGGGUAAAAGCAGCAGCCAGAUGAACCCAUUCAGUCGACAGGGGGCCACCAUCCUGCUUCCCGCCCCCCCAGCCCCAGGACCCUCCCAGUACCAGGCAACUGGCAGCUCUCUGGGGCUCCAGCUGAGUCAGGGGUACACCCAAAUGUACGGAGCAAACCCACAGGCUCAGGCCUUUUACGGUGGCAGGAUGACUGAGGACCGUCUGCUGGCAGUGAAAAAUGCUACCUGUGAGGCCAUCGACCAUCUCCACAAAUCCCUGGAGUCGUGUCCCGACACUGAGGUCGAAGCAGCAGACCCCAAAGGCAUCAAGGUGUCGCUCUUGGCCCAUCAGAGGAGAGCUUUGGCCUGGCUGCUCUGGAGGGAAACGCAGAAUCCCUGUGGAGGAAUUCUGGCCGAUGACAUGGGUCUGGGGAAGACCCUGACUAUGAUCGCUCUCAUACUGGCCAAGAAGAUCAAGGCUAAAGAAGAAGAUGGAAAGAAGGAAGAGAAGAAGCUGGAGGCUUGGAUAUCCAAAACUGACUCCAGCCUUGUGGUCUCUAAAGGCACUCUGAUCAUCUGUCCUGCCUCCCUGAUUCACCACUGGAAGAAGGAGAUUGAGAGACAUGUGAAGACAGGACGGCUGACUGUGUACCUGUACCAUGGACCCAACCGCGAGAAAAGUGCCAAAGUGCUGGCGGAUUACGAUGUGGUGGUGACCACAUACAGUCUGGUCUCUAAGGAGGUCCCAGUCCAGAAGGAGGAGGCUGAUAAACCCAGCAAGGAUCCUGAUGAUGUGCCUUCACAUUCAGGUCCUCUUCUGAGAGUGACCUGGACCCGGGUGGUUCUCGAUGAGGCCCACAACAUCAAAAAUCCAAAAGUUCAGACUUCCAUGGCUGUCUGUCAGCUGAGGGCUGGAGCCCGCUGGGCUGUCACUGGUACACCGAUCCAGAACAACCUGCUGGACAUGUACUCACUGCUCAAGUUUCUUCACUGUUCUCCAUUUGAUGAGUACAAACUGUGGAAAGCUCAGGUGGACAAUGGCUCCAAGAGAGGCAGAGAGAGACUCAACAUUCUGACGAGGACGCUGCUGCUACGACGAACUAAAGACCAGAUGGACUCGACUGGAAAACCACUGGUGUCUCUUCCUGAUCGGACGUGUGAGGUACAUCGACUCAAACUCUCCGAGGAUGAAAAGUCUGUGUACGAUGUGGUCUUUGCCCAGUCAAGAUCAACUCUGCAGAACUACCUGAAGAGACAUGAAGGAAAUGAUGUGAGCAAGGGAAAAUCUUCCACUUCCAAUCCUUUUGAGAAAGUGGCCCAGGAGUUCAGUAUGUCCCAGUCCGACCCGCCUCUGCCCGGCUCUCAGCAGCCUCCACAGGCGUCCAGCACCGUCCACAUUCUGUCUCUGCUGCUGCGCCUCCGACAGUGCUGCUGUCACCUCUCACUUCUGAAGAAGACACUCGACUCUUCAGAGCUGCAGGGUGAUGGGAUUGUUUUGUCUCUGGAGGAGCAGCUCAACGCUCUGUCGCUGUCCUCCAGCCCUUCAGCAUCGGGCCCUGAUCCUAAAGACACCGUGGCCCUUAAUGGAACCCGUUUCGCCUCAAAGCUGUUUGAAGACACCAGUGAAAGCACCAAGAUUUCUGCUAUCGUGUCUGAGCUGAAGGCAAUCAGACAGAAGAGUGAUGAUCAAAAAAGUGUCAUCGUGUCCCAGUGGACCAGCAUGCUGCACAUUGUGGCCGUUCAUCUGCGUCAGAUGGGCCUGAGAUACGGUGUCAUCGACGGGACUGUCAACCCUAAACGUCGCAUGGACCUGGUGGAGGAAUUUAACACUAAUCCUAAAGGACCACAGGUGAUGCUGGUUUCUCUUUGUGCUGGAGGGGUUGGACUCAAUCUCAUUGGUGGGAAUCACCUCUUCCUCAUCGACAUGCACUGGAACCCAGCCUUGGAGGAUCAGGCCUGUGAUAGAAUCUAUAGAGUUGGACAACGUAAAGAUGUCACCAUCCACAGGUUUGUGUGUGAAGACACCGUGGAGGAGAAGAUUUCCACACUACAGACGAAGAAGAAAGAGUUGGCCCACAACGUGCUGUCGGGAACAGGAAGCACACUCUCUAAGCUCUCUCUGGCUGAUCUCAGAAUCAUUUUUGGUGUCUGAGACUGUAAAUUGCUGCCACUGUCAAACACUCAGCUAUUUAUUCACACAUACAUUUGUGUAUUUAUGUUUGUAUUAAGGUAUAUAUGUCUGGAGAAAUUUUGAAAUAACCUCAUAAGACUGAAGUAAGAAUAUUGCCUUGAAAUGAAUUACUAGUUUGUUUGGCCUUUUUUUUUUUUUUUUUUUUUUUUAACCUUAAGCCAGAAAUGUUGACCAUCAGUUUAUUUUAUUAACUUUAAGAGACUGUCUAUCCAUUUCCUCUUGCAGCUACUGCAGCAGUGUUGUUGGAUUACUCUAAACAGCGGAUUUGAAUUUGAUAUCCAACAUUUCCUGAGUUUGUUCUAAGGGAAGUUUCCUGAAACUGUAGAUAGCGUUACAUACAGACAGAAAUCAAAAUGUGUAUCCACAGUAACAUCAUCCUGCAUUUCAUGUAUUCUAUGAGACACAGAUAAAGAGCUCUUAUACUCAAUUUUUUGUCGUAAUUUAUGCUUUAUUACAAAUAUUCCUGUGUUUACGUCAUAUGCUACAUUAAAUGUGGCAGUAUUUUUACAUGCAUGUUUACAUACAUCCUCAAAGAACAUAUUUAGUUUAAUUUCUAAUCAGGGAUGCAUGAAAAGUGGAUUUUUCUAUUUCUUUUGAUUUGUGCCACCUGGUAGUUUAUUUCCUUUAAUUGUGUUUUCAAAUGCAUUUUUAAGUAUAAUGUAUGUAGCUGUAUUUCUGUUGACAUGAUUUGAACUUGCUGCAUUCAAUCUUUUGCACGGUAAACUGAAAACACUUCAUAAUUAAAUUGCUUUUGGAGAUGAA